GGGGACUGACUCAACAAAUAACGACUUUGAAAAACACCGUUUUAACUGGGAAACCGCUGGAUACGACGUCGUAGGUCGGCUUCUCUCGGCUGCGAUUCGUAAAAUCUCAAGCAGCAAUUGUCAUUGGACGUGCGAUCGCGGUCUCCUGUUUAUCCCCAAUCGCCGAUCUCCUCAGAGGACUGGUACUAAUUAUUUGGAACCAAAGGAGCUAAGUACUGAAUAGUGCUUUAUUUAUUACGUUUUCCGUGAGAUGGCAGAGAAAUCAUGUAUCAAGCGCCUCCAGAAAGAAUAUAGAGCACUCUGCAAAGAACCAGUUUCUCAUAUCGUGGCUCGUCCUCACCCAAAUGAUAUUCUUGAAUGGCACUACGUUUUGGAGGGAAGUGAAGGAACACCUUUUGCAGGUGGAUAUUACUAUGGAAAGAUCAAGUUUCCUCCAGAGUACCCAUUUAAACCGCCAGGAAUCAGCAUGACUACCCCAAAUGGAAGAUUCAUGACUCAAAAGAAAAUUUGUUUAUCUAUGAGUGAUUUUCAUCCUGAAAGUUGGAAUCCAAUGUGGUCCGUGUCAAGCAUACUCACGGGGCUUCUUUCAUUUAUGAUGGACACCAGUCCUACUACUGGCAGUGUGAACACUACUGUUGCUGAGAAGAAACGUCUGGCAAAAGCUUCUCUUGCAUUUAACUCUAAGAAUGUAACAUUCCAGAAAAUCUUUCCCGAGUAUGUGGAGAAGUAUAACCAGCAGCAGCAGCAGCUUACUACAGAGCAGGUGUCGUCUGAUCCAUCUCAAGAAAAUUCGAGGCCCUUGUUGAAGAAGGUUGAUGAUUCAACAGGAGGUAUGAAAAGAGUGGAUGCCUUAAAGGAGGCGGGGAAUAAGAAAAGGCAGUCAGUCCCAACCUGGAUGAUGGUUUUGCUGAUUUCGGUCUUUGGCGUUGUAAUGGCGCUGCCGCUACUUCAACUUUAAUAUCUUACGUCCCGAGUAGAAAAUUUAUUGGGGUACGUGGACAUAAAAGCUGUUGCGAGUCAAGGGACUUGUUUAAAAUACUCGUUUUAGGGUUUUGUCUCUGUAUCUAAUAUAAUUUUGUAUAGGAGGUUGAAACUUAAGGUCAGUUGAAUCUGUUGGCUGAUGUUUUUCCUUCUAUGUCAAUGUUUGGUCCUUGUUUGCCUGCCUGUGUUCAAACAUGACAUGAUUGUGAUGUUAUUUCAACUUCUGUCGAGUGGAGUUUCGGUUCGGUC